AUGGCCUACCGCAGUCGGGCUCUCGUAAACCAUAUCUGGUUCUGCUUGGAACUCGAGGACUAUGGCUGCUCCAAGUGCGCGCCUCCUAGCGGGAGAACAGUCGAAGAUUGGAGUCAUGCAUAUGCUGUCACCGAUACAUCCCACUGCCCCAUCACCUCUGCGUUCGAGCAUCUCUUCUCGGCUCUCAGCACCUGGGAACCCAACGGCGAUCUGACACUCGAUAUCAGUGUCUACUCGCCUAGCGACUCCAAACAUUGGUUCAAGUAUUUGACCUUUCUGCCGGAUACUCCUGCAGAUUGGGGAAAGUGUGGUGCAGAGCAGACGGUAUCAACCCAGGUCAGCGAUGGGCAUGGCUGGGUCUCUGGUGUCCGAGAGUCCACUCCGCCGAGGUCGGCUAUCAACAAGAUCUUCCAUCCAGUUAUGGAUGAUGGACCCUUUGAUAGCGAGCUGUUGGAACUCCAAUGGUGGGAUCAUCUUCCACCUAUCCCGGCUGUUACUAGAGUGCUCCUUCGACAGCAGAACCGCCGGAGAUGGAAGCCGGCAUCGCUUGCACAUAUGUUUGCUCGUUUUCCCAGACUCCGGGAAGUCCACUAUGAGCCUUGGAGACAAUGGAACUCUAUGCAGCACCACACAGAUAGAGAUAUCGAAUAUCUUCUCGAGUCUAUACGCCAUUAUAACGAAAAUCUCAAGAAACUUGUCAUCUUUGAGAACUUCAAUCAACAGUACGCGGCUACCAUGCAGCGAUUCAUGCAUGGGGUCGACACAAACGAAUCUUACCCCAUUCGCGAUCCAAGCCCAGUCAUCAGCCGGAUCCUCGCAGCCACUAGCUUCGAACUGGAGCAUCUUGCGGCAUCCUUCAUGGUAGAUGCUCGGCAUUUCCUGGACAUUGAACCUUUUUGGGAGUGGCCAAACCUCACAUCGCUUGCGCUUACUUCAAGGUUGCUCUCGCCAGGGGCAGACUCGGGCGAGAUAGUCGCAAUGCUUGAGAACGCGGCGGCAGCAGCGAUGAAUAUGCCACAGCUAGAAACGAUGGAGAUUUGGAACGGCCGAAAGGGGCUGGCGGCGCUCUUUCAGUAUCAGGUGUGCCGCAAUAGACGGCAAGCCAGAAUCACCUGGAGAGGCACAUGGGCAUUUACCAUAGAACCAUCUUUGGUCAAGGCUUGGGAAGCCCUGGUACAUCAAAGCCAUCCUGGCUGGGACCAUGAGCUUGCUGUGGUCCAGGAACGGCUGGACGAAGAUGUGAUCAAGUCUCACGGCGAUGCCAUUCGCCACCUGAUGCUUUCAAGUCAAGUCAUUAGGCCUGUCUCACUGCAGCAGAUUCAGAUGGAACAGAAAGCCCUGGAAGGCGCGAGGACUGUGUGA